AGCGCUCGAGGAAAGUAUUAAUGGACCUGCCGUUGGCUACAAAAUGUCGAUUACAACAUUUCAGAAGGUGACUCUUGCGUCGUGUAUUGUGUUAUGUAUAUCUUUAUUCCUUCCGAAAAUGAUCUUAAACGGAGUGCAGAAGGAAAUUAUGCAGAAGGCGGUUGGGCCUGGAUAUUACCCCACAGGAAUGCCCCGCAAACAGCCCCCAGAAGGGCUGGAGCCCUGGGAGACAGAGUCAGUGUACCCGGGCACUCUCGGCUCCGAGGCCAUCGCCAAGGCACAGGUUAAAGGGACCAUGGGGGGAAACAAAAAGUCCAGCCAUUUGGGGCAGAUAGUUCCCAUAUAUGGAGUCGGGAUCCUCUUUUACAUCCUUCACAUCUUUGUCAAGCUCACAAGACAAGAUAAGAAAGCCAAACCAGCUGGCAGAUGCCCCAUCUCAAAUGACGCAGAGUCUGUAGCAGAAAAUAUAAGUGAGGAGGAUCUGGCCAAGCUGGAGGCCCGACUAGCCCACGCAGAGAUGUUGAUGAGCAAAGUGAUGUCCUCAUCAUCCACCGGGCCCGAGAGUGCCAAAUCCCAGCGUUCCUCGCGGAAGAGGCGACAGUCAAGUUUACUGCGUCGGCUGCGGAGGUUUGGCCGAUCGUUCCAGGAGGAUCAACGGGAAGAGGUCACUCCAGAGAUGGAGGCAGAGGAGGUGUCCUACACAGUGGACUGGGAAGGCUACCCAGAGGAGACCUUCCCCAAGUACGACGAGCCCUGUGGCCCUCGCAAGUACGAUACCAUCAUCGUAGAGGCCCCCGAUCCUGACCAACCCUCCGCGGAGGAGUUAGCCGAGCAAGUGGCCAAAGAGGAAAUGGAGGCGCAGAGAGCGCUCGGAGUGAUCGAAGAGGGAGAUGAAGAGGAGGAGGAGGAGGAGGAGGAGGAGGAAACAGAGGAGGAGAAGACAGAGGAAACAGAAGAGGAAGAGGAGGAGGAUGAAGAAGAGGAUGAUGAGGAGGUUGAGACAGAAGAUGAUGAGAUGUUGUUGUUUAAGGAGGCGGAGGAAGAGGAGGAGGAGGAGGAAGAGGUCGGAGAGGAGACUCCAUGUCUGCCCCAGCCAAAGAGCAGGGAGGAGCGGAAAGAUCUGAGCCUGGAACAGUUCUUAGGGCUGGCCUCUGCAAACCCAGAGUGUAGACGUCGACGCAUCACCUUCAGCGAACACAAAGACAUCUUCCGCUACCCGCGUGAGGGCACCAUCGACGAGGAGGAUGAUGACGAUGAAGAUGAUGAUGAUGAGGAGGAGGACGAUGAUGAAGAAGAUGAGGAGGAGGAGGAAGAGGAGGAGGAGGAGGAGGGAACGGAGCUUCCGGCCUCCCCCAGGGUGCCUGAGGUGGACCCUCUGAUGGAGGCGGAGAGUCUGAGGUUCAGCACUGAGGCCUCUGAGGACGAGGCCGAGACCGAGCCCGAGCCCAUGGAACAGGCAGAGGAGGAAGAAGACAACGAUGAUGACGAUGAUGAUGAUGAUGAUGAUGACAGUGAUGAUGAUUACGAUGAUGACCAGGAUGACCAGGAAGUGGGCCUUGAGGAGUUCCUCAGCACGUACCGUCCAGUGAUGAACGAGAGACUCAGCCAGGCCAGGGUGGACCCGCCGCCAACCUCCAGCCAACUCCGAAUGCGCAACAAGGGCAAAGAUAAGAAGGUCUGACCUGCGGUCUCACUCAGGUGAUACUGUCGUCCACCUCCAUUCCAAACCACACUGCUCCUUUCACCCCAGUCUAACAAUUACAGACCCUCUCUCCUAAUACACACAUUCAUCAUGACAAAUCAUUAUCCAGCCUCACAAUCAACAUCUAGUUAUUCAGUGUAUACCAGUAACAGUGUGAUACAAUCAUUCAUCAGUAAAUUGACAAUGGUAUGAUAUGGAUUGGAUAGAGAUUCAUCACUGGAUGAUGAUAUGAAUCCACAUAUGAUGUGAUGUAUUUCCUCCUAGGCCAUAAAGAGAGUUAGACACAGCCAGUGAUGCUAAGAACUGCAGUUGGUUAUCAGGUUCUCUGUGAUUGCUACACUUCCUGGUAUAAUGACUAUACUGUGUAGUAUAGCAUAUUAUAUGACAGCAUAGAAGAAAUAUUACCUCGUUAUCUUUUCCUCUUUCCAAACUGGAUCAGAUUUCCCUCAUAUUCCAGUGCACCACACUACACCAUUUUUCUGAAUGUAAAACAAUAAACUCAGCAAUGCAGUUUUAAGAAUGUAAUAUUUAUGGGUAGGUCAAUUUUUCUAUGUAGUCUUAAUAAAGGCGAAUGGUAAUAUC